UCCCUCCCUGCCACCAUCAACAUCCGGGAGCCCCGCUGGGACCAGAGCACCUUCCAGGGCCGGGCCAAGCACUUCUUCAUGGUGACCGACCCCCGAAACUUGCUGCUCUCAGGGGCCACGCUGGAGGAGGCCCGCCGGGUGGUGGAGGACUACAGGGCGGGCACAGUGCCCCCGGGGCUGACGGAGGACCAGCUUUGGCGAGCAAAGUACAUCUAUGACUCAGCUUUCCACCCCGACACGGGCGAGAAGAUGCUCCUCAUAGGGCGCAUGUCUGCCCAGGUCCCCAUGAACAUGACCAUCACUGGUUGCAUGUUGACCUUCUACAGGACCACGCCAGCCGUGCUGUUCUGGCAGUGGGUCAACCAAUCCUUCAAUGCCAUUGUCAACUACACGAACCGCAGCGGGGAUGCACCCAUCACCCCCAGCCAGCUGGGGACAGCCUAUGUGAGUGCGACCACGGGGGCAGUUGUCACAGCAUUGGGGCUCAAAUCUCUCACCAAGCACUUGCCAGCCAUCAUCGGCCGGUACGUGCCUUUUGCAGCUGUGGCUGCUGCCAACUGCAUCAACAUCCCGCUGAUGAGGCAGAGAGAGCUCAAGCUGGGGAUCCCUGUCACAGAUGAGAAUGGGAAUCGCCUGGGUGAGUCCAUGGCCGCAGCCCAGAAGGCCAUUUUCCAGGUGGUGGUGUCCCGCAUUGGCAUGGCAGUUCCAGCCAUGGCCAUCCCCCCGGUGAUCAUGAACGCCCUGGAGAAGAGAGCUUUCCUGAAGCGAUACCCGUACCUGAAUGCUCCUCUGCAGGUUGGCCUGGUGGGACUCUGCUUGGUGUUUGCGACUCCGCUGUGCUGCGCGCUCUUCCCGCAGAAAAGCUCGAUGCCUGUGAGCCACCUGGAGCCUGAAGUCCAAGCUCGGAUCCGGGAGAAAGACCCAUGUCUGGAGACCAUCUACUUCAACAAGGGGCUCUGA